GCUCGUUGCAGGAUGCCAUAAAAUGUGUGUACCUUACAAGUCUCAGACACAAGGUGUGAAUGAGGUGCGACACGGAAAGGUAAAGGAGUUCAUGCGUAAAGCAUUGUUAGAAGAUGCUGACAUGUGGCCUUACUCAAUUAUUUGGGUACAGACACAAAUGAACGAGAAGCGGGUUCAGUCACUGGUACACCGCCCGCUCGCUAUUUCAGGGGCCGCUAUAGUGGAUUACAAGUACCUUUCAACAAGGAUUCUCAGGAAGAUCAUAUGUUACUAUGGUCAUAGAAUAUGCGUCGUACCAGAGACGUAGCCUUUCCUUGUUUGAGGGAGACGAAGGACAUCGCAUUCAAGAAGAGACAGAAGCGAUGGAAUGAUUCAAAGAAGAUAGUCGAGUUUGAGGUAGGCGAUAUAGUCAACAUAAUGGCUCGCAAUUCCGACACAACUGUGCUCACGGCUAAGUAUAUUGGACCAAUCAAGAUGAUUUCAGUGGCCGAUAAAAAGAUAGGAACAUACGGAGUUAUCAAUGUUGACGGUUCGAGCGCUCUUAAUAUCGGACACAUCGCAUUCCGACGACAGAAAUUAUCUUUCGUCGCGCACGUGAAGCUACUACACCUCUUAUGUCUUACGGGUUUAAGAAGAUUCUCGUUAAGUACAAACAUCAAUGAUGACAUGACUCAUUCCACAAUGAAGUUUGAAGAUGGAGUACAAUACGAUCUAUCACUAUUUGAUGAUCCAGGCUUACUAAAAGCUUUUGAUAAGGAGUUUCGCAAACGCCUACACAAGUACAAGGCUGAUGAUGAUGCUAUCUUACCGUCCUCAUGUAGUCAAGAUCAUGGAAUGUACGUACCUCCGAAAGGCACUAAGAAAACGUCCUAUCCAUUGUCGAUAGGACCACAAGGACCUAGACACAAACGUCUUAAAGUAACCGAGUAA